AUGUGUUGUGCAUACGAUCGACUUAAAAAACAUAGACAGCUAAAAAAAUUGGCUCAACAAUCAAAUGAUGAACCAGAGGUUGAACCCCGGGUUGAACAAAAUGAAUUAAAUUCAAACUUAUCUAUGGAUAUUGAUGUGUCUAUGGGAGUUGACAUAAUUUGCAAUAUGAUAAAUGACCCACAGUCUUCCAAUUCCAGUAAUCAUGAUUUUGAUGGUCAUUUGGAUUACUUAUCAAAUUCAUCUUUCGACUACUCAAGUACAUCAUCUAAUUUCAGAUCAAUUUCAUCUUUAAACUUCUCAAAUAGAUCACCUAAUUGUAGCUCCUUAGAUCAUAACCCAAAUGUAACUUCUACAGUACCUACUUUCUGUGAAAAACUACAAAACUGGGCUGUAAGACAUAGAAGUAAUAUGACUAUUGAGUUGAUUGAAGAUUUGCUCAAGAUUUUACGGACUGAAAAUUGUUAUAAUAACUUACCAAAAUCUGCAGCUGGGUUACUUAAAAGUAAAUCAUAUAUUGAUAUUAAAAUAAUGAAAAGCUUGAAGAACACAAAUGGGUCUUAUGCAUAUUUUGGUGUAGGAGAAGGAUUGAAAACAAUUGUUACUGACACAUAUACUGAGAACAGUAUUCGGUUACUGUUUAAUAUUGAUGGCUUACCAUUAUAUAAUAACUCAAAUCAACAAUUUUGGCCUAUCUUAGGACUUAUACUUCAUGAUCAGUAUGAAUUAAAACCAUUUAUUAUUGCUGUAUACAGUGGUGAUUCUAAACCGCAAAAUGUAAAUGACUUUUUAAUGGAAUUUAUAGAAGAAAUAAAAACAUUAGUUCUCAAUGGAUUAAUGAUUAAUCAAAAAAAGUUUGAAAUAGAAAUCGUUGGAUUUUCUUGUGACACACCAGCAAGAUCAUUUUUAAAACAGUGUAAGGGCCAUGGAGGGUUUUAUGCAUGUGAGCGGUGUGAAACUAGAGGAAAAACAAAUAACAAAAAAAGAGUAUAUCCUAGCAUGAAUUCUAGACUUCGCACCAAAAGGUCGUUUACAAGACAGAGUCAAAAAGAGCAUCAUUUGGAAUUCAGAUCACUAUUGUUAGACAUUCCAGACUUUGAUCCUAUCAAAUCUGUCUUCUUAGAUUCGAUGCAUUUAUUGUACUUGGGUAUAAUGAAAUGGUUAUUGCAGCAAUGGCUUGGAACUACAAAAAAGGUUAAUCGUAGGUGCAGGCUUUCUCGGUGCAAUAUACAACGUUUAAAUUCAAAUUUAAAGGUAAUCACAAGGUUUGUACCAAAAGAAUUCCAGAGAAAAAAGUAUGAUUUAAAUGAAUGGAAACACUGGAAAGCUACACAGUUUCGUUUUUUCUUACUCUACUGUGGGUCACUGGUUCUGUAUGACAUUCUACCAAAAAAAAUGUACCAACAUUUUUUACUCUUAGUAGUUGCAUGUCGAAUUCUUAAUGACCCUAAAUUAUGUAUUAGCCAUGCCAAUUAUGCAAGAGAGUUGUUAAGAAAAUUUUUUGAGCUUCUCCCGUCGUUUUAUGGUUCAGACUCUCAAAUCAUGAAUAGUCAUAAUUUAAUUCAUUUGGCAGAUGACGUAGAACACGCCGAGACAAAUCAAUCAGCAAUUUCGGCAUUUACCUUUGAAAACUAUUUGGGUAAAAUUAAAAGGCUUAUUAAAGGAAGAAAUAAUUCUCUUGCCCAAUUGGUUCGAAGAGUAUCUGAACAAAAAGCAUGCAUGGAAACCGUAAAAAAAAAUGCUAUAAAUAAAAAACAGUCCCUCAUUAUUAAUCAUGAACAUGAAAAUGAAAUCAGUUUAAAGAGUGUAACUUUACGUGGAGUUGAAUUUAGUAAAUCGAGACCAAAUAAUAUUGUCAAAUUAGAUUCUGGUGAAAUCCUAUCUAUUUCAAAUAUCAGAGAAGGGGAACAGAAUAUUAAUUUUUAUGGUUUUACAUUCAAAACUGUGAGCAAUGUUUUCAAGUUCCCCUGUGAAUCAUCAAAAAUCGGAAUUGAAAAGCUAGGACAAUUGUCUAGAAGGGAGAGGAUUUUCUCUUUGGAUAAUAUUGACAAAAAGUGUGUUUUAUUUGAAAAUGAAAGUGAAACAUUCACAGUCACACUUCUCCAUGAUUUAUAA